UCCGCUUUGUGCAUUUCUGUAAUAAAACGUUCAGCAGCGUCACCUUAAAUAAAACGUAAUUAGUCUAAACCCAUUUAUAAUACAUUUAACCCUUUAAUCCGCCUCUAGAUCCGUCCCGAACAUAAACUGGACGAAAGCGCUCCGUCUGGUUUGACCUCCGCGGCCGCCGUACAGACGCCUUUCAGACAACAUGGUGCUGGAGAAGAAAAGCUCCGCCCGGGUGGAGGCGGGUCAGCGCCGGGUUCUGGAUGAGGCGACCCGUCAGAGGAGACUGACCCGGCAGCUGGAGGCUCUGGAGAAGGACAACUUCCAGGACGAUCCUCUGUCUUCCCUGCCGCCCCCAGGUCCUACUGCCCGCCUCCCUGCCUUCAGUGAAACCGAAGAACCAGAGAAGAAGAAGAGGAAAACGAGGGGCGACCACUUCAAGCAGCGUUUCAGGAAGAACUUCACCACGCUGCUGGAGGAAGAGAACCUGUCGGAGAAGCCAGAACCCAACUACCUGUCAGCGACGGCCCCCCCCUCAACGCUCCCCCCCCGACACUUCUGCUGUGUGUGUGGGUUCCCGUCACACUACACCUGCACCACCUGUGGGGGGCGCUACUGCUGCACCAAGUGUCUGUGCACCCACAGAGAGACCAGGUGUUUGAAGUGGACGCUCUAACCGCCACAGUCUUGUUACCGUGGUGACGGAGGAGUCGGGAGGUCGUCAGCUGUUUGUCCUGCUCAGGACGAUGAAGGUCGGGGGUCCUCUGACGGACAUGUUGAACCUCAUUCAGAUAUUUGCAGUCGGAGCCUGGUCCAUCUACAGGAGCCUGGUCCAUCUACAGGAGCCUGGUCCAUCUACAGGAACCUGGUCCAUCUACAGGAGCCUAGUCCAUCUACAGGAGCCUGGUCCAUCUACAGAGGCCCUGGUCCAUCUACAAGAGCCUGGUCCAUCUACAGGAGCCUAGUCCAUCUACAGGAGCCUGGUCCAUCUACAGAGGCCCUGGUCCAUCUACAGGAGCCUGGUCCAUCUACAGGAGCCUAGUCCAUCUACAGGAGCCUGGUCCAUCUACAAGAGCCUGGUCCAUCUACAGAGGCCCUGGUCCAUCUACAGAGGCCUGGUCCAUCUACAGGAGCCUGGUCCAUCUACAAGAGCCUGGUCCAUCUACAGAGGCCCUGGUCCAUCUACAAGAGCCUGGUCCAUCUACAGGAGCCUGGUCCAUCUACAGAGGCCUGGUCCAUCUACAGGAGCCUGGUCCAUCUACAGAGGCCCUGGUCCAUCUAUGGGAGCCUGGUCCAUCUUCAGAGGCCCUGGUCCAUCUACGGGAGCCUGGUCCAUCUACAGAGGCCCUGGUCCAUCUACGGGAGCCUGGUCCAUCUACAGAGGCCCUGGUCCAUCUACAGGGACUUGGAGAAUCAGAUCUAGAUGUGUUUUUUUUGUUCAUAUGGCCUGAAAAUUAAAACCUGCGGUCCAGACCUCCAUGUGAUCCAGACCUCCAUGAGUGCUAGGCCUCCAUGUCCCACAGCCCCACCUUCACAACCAGAGCCAGAAGUCUUGAUCUGAUGAGGACAGAAACCACCAGGUGUGAAGUCCUGAACCCAACAGAAGCAGUUCUCAGGCUUCUGGUCUGGUGGACUUUUACCAGCCGGUGAAGAGACUGAACGUUGUUUCUGUUUCGGGUCUAGAAGAAGACCUGCAGGAUUUAGGAUGUAAUCUGUCUUUUGGGAAAUAAAAAUAAAAAACGGACUUCCUGA